GAAAAGAGGAAAAAGUGUUGUAAGAAAUGAGGGAUUUCCCUUCUUGUUUUGGGGAAACUGGUGUUCAAGUUGCUGAUUUUUCAUCAUCAAGUGCUAAUAAUAAAGCUGCUGCUCAGAAUUUGGUGACUUGUAUAUAUCAGUGUAGAUUGCGUGGGAAAUCUUGCCUGUUAAACGUUACAUGGAGUAAGAAUUUGAUGGGGCAGGGCCUAAGUGUGGGAAUUGAUGAUAACACCAACCAGUGCCUAUGUAAGGUUGAUAUAAAGCCAUGGCUGUUCUCUAGGAAGAAAGGUUCAAAGACUUUAGAAGCAUAUUCUUGUAAGAUUGAUGUGUAUUGGGACCUUUCAUCAGCUAAGUUUGGAUCUGGUCCGGAGCCGUUGCAAGGAUUCUAUGUGUGUAUUGUCUUUGAAAGGCAAAUGCUUCUGCUUCUCGGGGACAUGAUAAAAGAAGCUCUCAAGAAAACCGGGGCUUCCCCUGCUGCUUCUGGUGCUGUUUUUAUUGCCAAGAGAGAGCACAUAUUUGGCAAGAAGAUUUUUGGAACAAAGGCUCAGUUUUGCGAUAAUGGUAAAAUCCAUGAUCUCGUUAUUGAAUGUGAUACGAGUGGUGGCAGUGACCCGUACCUUGUGAUCCGUGUGGAUCGUAAGCCAAUGAUGAAGGUGAAGCGGCUUCAGUGGAAAUUUCGGGGUAAUCAUACCAUCUUGAUCGAUGGCCUUGAGGUAGAAGUGUUUUGGGAUGUCCAUAAUUGGCUUUUUGGUACGACUUUCGGGAAUGCAGUAUUCAUGUUUAAGACUAGUCAUUCAGCCGAGAAAUUGUGGGCUAGUCAGCCUCUUUGUGAUCCCCAGACACAGCAUUGGUCCUGGUCACAGAGAUUCCGGGAAUCCCAGUCGCCUAGUCUUGAUUUCUCACUGUUUUUGUAUGCUUGGAAGAAUGAAUAGGGGAUUCUGGGAUUCAACCUUGACUUGCUAACAUUAUACUUUUAGUGAGUUGUCAUUUGUUGAGUAUGUAAUUUGAUUUAAACUUUAUUGUUUUGUCAUAUAUUCAAUUUCUCAAUUAGUUCAAAGAGAUCAGAUACAGAGACAAUUUUUCAUCGUUUACUUGUAAAUUAUUUAAUUGAAGUUCUUGUUCAUUUGCCUAA